AUAGAGGUGGGGAACAAACUACAGGUUUGGGCAUUGCAUGCUAAGGAACGGUCGUUAGGUCUCAUGGUUGUAUUUGGUGGAAAUGUUCAUUUAGCAAAGAGAUACAUGUGACAAAAGUCAUAUAGAAUUCCCUACGCCGUGAUGUGAUAGGUAAUGGCCACUGGUUUAGAUUUUUUGUUUAACAAGGACUGGACAAAUCCAUGGAGUGCAGCUAUGACUUGUAGCUAAAUGGAACCUCCAAAUUAAGAGGCAGUAUACCUCUGAGUGCCAGAUAUUAGAGAGAAACACCAGGGGUGGGCUGUAGCACCAUCGAUCCAGCUUAAUGGUGUGACGUUGGAGAACGUUGAUCACUUCCCCUAUCUCGGCAGCCAUCUCUCUGUAAAAGCUGACAACGAUGCUGAAAUUCGACAUAGUCUGAGCUCUGUGAGUGCCACUUCUCCUGAAUGAAGCGUAGAGUGUUCGAGGAUCAGGAUAUUCGCAGGGAGACCAAAAUGCUUAUUUACAAAGCCAUUGUACUACCAACCUUACUGUACGCCUGUGAAACAUGGACCAUCUAUAAACGCCACUCCCAACUUCUUGAAAGAUUCCACGAACGCUGCCUCCGGAAAAUUCUGCAAAUUACUUGGGAAGACAGACGGACUAAUGUUAGCGUUUUGGAAGAAGCAAAGACCACCACUGUUGAAACAAUUAUCCUUCAACAUCAACUUUGCUGGACUGGCCAUGUUGUUCAAAUGCCUGAUCACCGUCUUCCAAAGCAGCUGCUUUACUCCCAACUUAAGGAUGGAAAACGGAACAUCGGUGGACAGCAAAAGAGGUUUAAAGAUAUUCUUAAAGCAAAUCUAAAAAAAUGUAACAUGAACAUCGACAACUGGGAAGUCUUGGCCCAUGAACAUCCCAAAUGGAGGUCGGCUAUUAUCAAAGGUUCUGUGGACUUUGAAGAAGCACGAAUACAGGGCAAACGGGACAAAUGAGCUAUGCAGAAGGCACGUCAAACAAAAUCCUCAUCGUGACCAUCUUCCAUCUGGAAACUUAUGUCCUCACUGUGGGAGGCUGUGUGGAUCCAGAAUUGACCUCCACAGUCACUUAUAGACCCACUGUUAAAGACCUUAUCUUGGAAGACAAUCUUACUCGGCCACGAGAGAUCGCCAAUCAAUGAAUGUUACUUUCAUGCCCUGCAAUUUUUGAGAUAAUUUUAUUUCUUUGAUUUAUUUAUUGCAUUUGUAUACUGCCCCAUAGCCGAAGCUCUGUGGGCGGUUUACAACAAUUAAAAAUAUGAAAAACAAAUAUACAAAUUUAAAAACACAUGUUUUAAAAAGCAAUUGGUCAUUACUUAAUGUAUAAUUAGAAUGGGAGGAGAAGCCAGAGGAGAAGAGGAGGCUGUGGAAUUCUUAAAUCGUUCUUCACUGUCUUUAUAUUCAGUUUGCAUAUGAGUAUUUUUAAAAAGUAUUUGGAGUGCCUUGCUUAACAAAAGAAAUGUUUCUGCCACGUUUUGCUGUCCAGGUUCCUAAGGGCAAAGAUAUGGGCAUCUUCUUUCUCUCCACCCUGCUGUUCUUCACCAGUCUGCAAAGCUGCUGGACUGAUGAUUCAGGCCCACUGCAAGAGUGCUUCAAGGCAGACGAUUAUGAAGAAUUUCUAGAGAUAGCCAGGAAUGGGCUGGGGAAGACAUCACACCCAAGACAUGUGGUGAUUGUGGGCGCAGGAGUGUCAGGGCUCAGUGCAGCCUACACUCUCAUGGAAGCUGGCCACAUGGUGACAAUUCUUGAAGCCAGCCAGCGUGUGGGGGGGCGAGCAGAGACCUAUCGAAAUGAGGAAGAAGGCUGGUAUGCAGAUCUGGGGCCCAUGCGCUUGCCUCAUGAACACAGGAUUGUCCGUGCAUAUAUUAAGAAGUUUGGCUUGAGGCUGACAGAAUUUAUCAAUGAAAAUGAAAAUGCCUGGUAUUUGAUCAACAACAUCAGGAAGAGAAUCUGGGAGGUCAAGAGGAACCCCAGCCUCUUGAAUUACACGGUAUAUCCCUCAGAAGAAGGCAAAACUGCUGAACAGCUGUAUCGAGAGUCCCUCAUUAAGGUUGCAGAAGAGGUGAAAAGGACCAAUUGUAGCUAUGUGCUGGCUAAAUAUGACACCUACUCAACCAAGGAGUAUUUAGUUAAGGUAGCAAACCUGAGCCGUGGAGCUAUCCAGAUGAUUGGGGACUUGCUAAAUGAAGAUGCUGGCUACUACCAGUCUUUCGUUGAAAGUAUGAGAGGCGAUGCUAUCUUCUCUUAUACAAGGAGGUUUGAUGAAAUUGUAGGAGGCUUUGAUCAGCUUCCAAGAGCCAUUUACAGAACCAUUCCAGACACUGUAUAUUUCGGUGCCAGGGUGGUCAGGAUAGAGCAGAGGGGCAACAGAGUCACUGUGAUUUAUCAAACGCCAGAGAAAACAUUGCUGAGUUUGACAGCUGAUUAUGCAGUUAUCACCUCCUCAGCAAGGGCCACGCGGCGCAUCUAUUUUGACCCACCCCUGUCACAUAACAAAACCAAUGCCUUGCGAUCUCUCCACUACAGGAGCGCCACCAAGAUCUUCCUUGCUUGCACUCAUAAAUUCUGGGAAGAUGACAAUAUCUGUGGUGGGAAGUCCACAACUGAUCGCCCAUCCCGAUUCAUUUACUACCCUGCUCGUAACUUCUCUAGUGGGAUUGGGGUCAUCUUGGCUUCCUAUGUCCACAGUGAUGACUCGCGUUUCUUUCUGGCUCUCGACCAUGAUGACAUCAUUAGCAUUGUCAUGGAUGACCUGUCUGCCAUCCACCAGCUGCCCAAAGACUACUUCCAGACUUUCUGUCGCUCCUCAGUAAUAAAGCGGUGGAGCCUAGAUAAAUAUUCCAUGGUUGGCUAUGCUACUUUCACUCCCUACCAGUUUACAGAUUAUAGUGAGCCUCUCCGGCAGCCAGAAGGCAGACUCCAUUUUGCUGGGGAACAUACCUCCAGGCUGCAUGGCUGGCUGGACACCACAAUAAAGUCAGGGCUGAGGGCAGCAAAGGAAAUCCACCUUGCAUCUGGGAAGCAGGAGUCUAGGAUCAAACAGAGUGACAAAGAGGAAUUCUAAGGCACUCUGCAAAAGAAGAAAGACCACUUAAAGGAAUAUCUGGGCAUAUAGGAGCUUCAAAUCAGGACAAGUCAAAAUAUCUGAAAGCAUUUCCAGGUGGCAGGCAAAAAUGCAGAACAAUUUUGUUUUGGGGGUUCGAGUCUGUAAGGGGAGGUGUGUAUUCAGAUCCCACCACUGACGCAUCUUUUUUUUGAGGAAACAGGCAUAACUCAGUGAUGGAGCAACUACUUUGCUUGUAGAAGGUCUAGGUUCAGGUAGAGCCAGGAAAGGUUCCCUGUCUGAAACCUCAGACAGCUGCUGCCUAUUAGUGUUGACAAUAUUGAGCCAAUAGUCUAGGUAUAAGGCAGCUUCCUAUGUUCUUAUGAUUUCUGAAAGCAGGUUAAAGGGAAGAAACAGCAAGUAUGCACAAGCAAAACGAAAAUAGAAUACUACACCAGAAUAUUGGUCUAAACUGUUCCUACACUCGGCAAAACUUACAAAGCAAAAAAUUACUCUCAGUGGUCACCUCUGAUGUCAGUAGCUCCUGGCAUCAUCUGCAGGAUGAGAGGGCUCAAGAGGGACAACAGAAUUCAGGGAUCCUGUCAGUAUUUAUGAUCAGGGCCAAACUACACCUUCAUUACAUGUAAUGUUCAUGAUUUUUAAAAAUGCAAAUAUCAUUACCUUGAAGUGCGUGAUAAAUAAUGGGAUCAUCGGAGUAGGCCUGACCUGAACCCAUUGCUCCUGAUGCCCUGUGUUGCUUUAUGUGUAUUAUUGGGGAAACCUUAAAGGAUCCCAGAAAGAUGCUCUUUGACAGGACCUGUAAAUAACAAUAUUGGACCAAAUACCCAGCUAUGACAAAGGCUUUAAUACAGGAUAUAAAUAUGAAUUGAUGAAGCUAAGGAAUAUAGAACUAUGUAAAUAUAGAAGAGGGGAAUUUAGAUAAUGAAGUAGCUAAGAUAGUUUAACAGAAGCACAGCUAUUUUGAACAGCUGAUAGUAGAAUUAAUAGGCUAAGUGCAGUUUCAAGUGCUAAGCAGAGAUAGUAAAACUAUUAAACAUGUUAAGGGCUGGUAAUAAAGUGAUAUGGAGAAGGGUGUGACAGCACAGCAAAAACAGCACACCUGUUUGAUUGUGCAUCUGGUGAUAACAAGAUAGUGCCAAGAAGGCAUGGCAUACAAGAGAGGCAUGAGUUGAUUGUGCGCUUUGAACAUGCCAGAGUUAUAGAUAAGGUGGGGCCCACCCAGGUAAGGUAUUAUGAAGGGGAAAAAUAGAAAAACUCCAAUGUUAACCUUUAGGACUCCACUACACAAAGAGAUCAUACCUCAUCUGACCUCAACAACCCCUGGCUUGGUGAGAACAUAAGAAGAGCCUGCUGGAUCAGGCCAGUGGCCCAUCUAGUCCAGCAUCCUGUUCUCACAGUGGCCAACCAGGUGCCUGGGGGAAGCCCGCAAGCAGGACCCGAGUGCAAGAACACUCUCCCCUCCUGAGGCUUCCGGCAACUGGUUUUCAGAAGCAUGCUGCCUCUGACUAGGGUGGCAGAGCACAGCCAUCAUGGCUAGUAGCUAGUAGUAGUAGAUAAGGUUCUUGCGUACUAUCUCGGCUGAACAACCAGCUAGCAAGGUCCGUGCUGUAUUGGGAUUGUAUGGUAUUUGCUUAAGGUGGUAGAUUAUUAAAGCAGAAUGUGCUGAAUUAUUGCUUAUAAGAAUUGUGUUAAUCAAUAUAAAGCAUUUAAAAGGCAUUUUGUGUUUGUCUCCUCUUGGGUCUAUAAAAAGGGCAUAUGGGUGGUGGUGACUGGCAGCUGUAUAACAUCUUUUUAGUACAAUCAGGCACUUGAACCAUAAAAUUACAAAAAACAAAAACAGAUCAAUAAUUGGUGAUCAAUAACCUGAUUGGCUAACACUCCCCUGCUGUAAUCAUGAUGAACAAUUACUUCUCCGAAGCUGGGAUUUGCAUUGGGAUGAAAUCCUCCAUUGGCUGCUGCAAAAUUUACAUGAACCUACAGCAGAAAUAGCUGAACCAGUAAACAUGUUUAGGCUGGAAAUGAAGGGAUAUGGUGAUAUUGCACCUAGUAGCCUUGGUAAUUCCUAUAGCAUCAACUGUGGCAGUGCCCUACCCAGUUUAUUUUGUGUCAGGGUGUACUAGUGAUGUCAAAGCUCAGAGGGGCCAAAACACAAAUCCAUGGGCCAGGACUACACUGGAUGUGUGCUGGUGUUCUACCAACCUGUGCACUGUACAGUAGUCUUCCCCAGCCUGGUGCCCUCCAGAUGUUUUGGACUAUAGCUUUCAUCAACCCCAGCCAGUAUAGCCAAUGGUCUGGGAUGAUGGGAAAUGUAGUCCAUUUGGGAAGCACCAAUUUGGGGAAGGCUGAUCUACCUUGUACUGUUAGUUGCAUAUCAGCAAUGUAACUUUUUUUGUAUUCAUUUGCUGGUCUUGGUCUCAUAGCUCCACCUCUAACUAUGCCCAUUUGGCACUGCUUUCUCCUGUCUCUGCCCAUGCUCUAUUUUUAAAUAAUCCAAUAUGAAGUAAGAUUAUAAAGUUCCUCAGAGCACGUAGAGAGUGCCAUUUCUUUCACCACCUGCAGCUAUAUAUACUGUAUAUAUAGCUCAAGGGAAUUUUCCUCCCUCUCUCAUAACUUUAGAACUCAGGAACAUCCAAUGAAACGGAAUGUUGGAAGAUUAGGACAGACAAAAUAAAGUAUUUCUUCACAUAGCACAUAGUUAAACUGUGGAACUGACUACCAUCAGAUGUAGUGAUGACCACCAACUUAGGUACUCUUAAAAGAGGUCUAGGCAAAUUCAUGGAGGAUAACAGCAUCAACAGCUACUAGUCUAGGAUCGGCAGGUGAGGCCAUGGUGGUGCUGCCACUGGGGGCUGCCCGGUUGGUGUUGACCUAUGACAGUGCCUUCUUGGUGGGGGAUCCCCACUUGUGGAAUGCCCUAUCUGAUGAGGUGUGUCUGUCUCCCUCAUUAUUGACUUUCAGGAAGAAUUUUAAAAACAUUCCUAUUUACCCAGGCAUUUUGUGGCUGAGAGACGCUGUUCCUGGCAACCCUGAGAUCAUGGUUGAGAUAAUGUUUUUAACUGUUCUUAGAAUGCUUUUAAAACUUGUUUUAGAAUUGAUAUGUUUGCUGCCCUGGCCUCCUUCAAGAGGAAGGGUGCGAUAUAAAUUGAAUAAAUACUAAUACUAAUAAUAGCCACAAUGGCUAUGUUCUGCUUCCCUGUCAGCGGGAGUUUGCCUCUGGAUAUUACUGGGAAUCACAAGUGGAGAGAGGGCAUUCAGGUCCUGCUUCUGGGAUUCCCAUAGGAAUGGGAACAGGAUGCUGGACUAGAACAGCCUUUGGCCUGAUCUCGCAGGGCUCUUAUGUUCUUAAGGAUGGGGCCUAUGCUUUACAUGCAGGAGGUCCUGAAUUCCGUCCUUGCUUCUUGUUAUUAUAUGCCUUCAAGUCGAUUACGACUUAUGACAACCCUAUGAAUUAAAAAAAAAAUAUUCACAGGGUUUUCAUAGCAAGAUGUAUUCAGAAAGGAUUACUAUUGCCUUCCUCCAAGCCUACGGCACCCAGUAUUCCCAAGUGGUCUCCCAUCCAAGUACUAACCAAGCCUGACGCUGCUUAGCAGCCAAGAUCUGGCAUAUUCAGGGUAGUAUGACUGUCCUUGCAAUUGCCACUUAGAUGUCAGGUUCUGAGAAAGAGCUUUGCUGAGAUGCUGGUGUACUGCUGCACAUCAAAGGAGGCAAGACUAGGCAAGAAAAACCAAGAGGUCUGAUUUUGUAUAAGGCAGCUUUCAGUUAUUUAUUUAUGACAUUUAUAUACUGCUUAAUUAUUCACAUUUCUAAGAGAUG